AUGUCUAAUCUAUCUGUAAAACGUGCAUCGAGAGAUUUUAAUCUUCUCUCGAAUGUGUGUGGCUCCGCUGAGGCUCCAUUCCUCGUUUCGGUUGCCCUUCGCGGUGAAAAUUUGUUCGAAUGGAUGGUGGUGGUGAACCCUCCCGCCGAAAGCAUUUAUGCUGGAGUCUCCUACAAGCUCUUGUUGAAUCUACACUCGGUGCAUUACCCUAUGGAGCCGCCCUCGAUUCAACUGCUCACCCCAAUCUUUAAUCCGAUGGUUUCCGUCGAAGGAAGUAUUUGUGAGGGUCUUUUGAAGAUAUUUGACUGGAAGCCGACCAAAACACCCGUAAAUAUGUUGAACACCCUCGUGACGGCACUUUUUUUGAAUUACAAAAGCUACGAUGUGCUAAACGAGGAAGCCGCUCAACUUCUAUAUAUUGAUGAGGCCAAAUUUAUCGAACGAGUGAAUCUACUAAAAAGGAAUAAUGUUUGAGAAUAAUCAAAACCGCAACCCCAAAAUCACAGGGAAUCACCUGAAUAAAUAUUACUUUCCUGAGUUGUUGGUUGAGCUGAGGUGCAUUCUUGUUGGAUAAAAUUAGAUUGAUAAAUAAGUUUAGACCCUAUUACCUACACACACAGAAAAAGUAUUUAAACCAUUUAUCUCCGCUAUAAACGAGUAAUUUCUAAUAAUCAAUCUAUAAUUUUUAUUCUAUUUUUACAAAUGACUUUUAAUUAUACUGAUUCGUUUUUUAAAUGAAUUGGUACACUGGCAAUUUCUUAAACGCAACUGUUAGGUUAAAUAUUGCUGCUUAUAUAGUGCUCUGAUGGAAGCAUUUUAAAAAGUUGAAUGAUGGCGCAUCGAGAAUAAGGUAAACUCUCGUGCAAUAUUACAUGUAGGAUUAGAUAAGAGUUGGUUGAUUAGAGCUUUUUUCUACAUGAUUUUGUAGGUAAGAAAUGCCGAAUAACUUUAAAAAAAAAGUGUCUUCUUAGUCGUUACUUGCUACUUAGCAUUUUUUAUUUUCUUUUACAAUUUUUUUUAAAUGUGAACGUAAAGUACUAUAAGCGAACUUAGUUAUGUGCUUAGAAUUAUAUGAUGGGUUACAAAAUACUAAUAAUAACAAUCGAAAUAAAGGAUAUUGAAAUCUGAACGGGAGUGAUAUUCAACACUUGCUCCUCAUCAGUUCGAUUGUCAAUAACUUUCAUGGGAGUGUAAAUACAAAAGGUUUCGAUAAAU